CCGCCGCGUCGCCGGAGCAGAGCAGCUGCAACUUGCUCUGGAAGGAAGACGCGGCUGAUGAGCAGCGGCCAAAAGAGAAAGCGCGAUUUGAUCGCUUCCGCCUCCACUAGCCUCCCCGCCUCCUCGGCGUCGGCCGCCCGCCCGCCGCCGCGCCGCGCCCUGGCCUCCCGGCGGCUCCGCUGCCACUGCGCUCUUCGCCGGAGCAGCUCGCGUAGGGCGGCGGCACUGCCGGAGGCGGACGAGGGAGGUGAGGUACCGGUGCUUCUGUUGAUUUGCCCUCCCUCUCUUUUUCCCGGUACAGUUUUGAAGAGAACAAAUUGGGAUUCAUUUAUUUCGGGCGUCCAGCAAGACUUCUCUCAAAUCUGCAGCACAUUUUUUUCUCUAUAGAAAGCUUUAUUUUUUAAAAGAAAAAAAUUGUCUGGGAUCAGCCGCUGUUUUCUGGUAGUACUGGAGUUGGUUAGGAAUGUUUCUUGAUGAUGUUGGUUCGGUCAUUUCCUCGUCCUGAAAAGCUGCCUCUUCUUUUGCUCUGUCCACUUCCCCCCUCUGAAAAAAGAGUACCGCAGUUUUUCUGGUGUCAUCUUUGUGGGGGCAAAAGCUCCGUGCCAAGAAAACCCCCCGUUUCUCGCCGCAAAUCCUCCCACAAGCUGCCUCCUUGGCGCCGCUGGGGGGCUCGUCGCGUUCCCGGCGCAGGUGCUGCUGCUCCCUCUGCCGCCCGUGUGGUGUGAGAUCCAUCCAGCUUGGAGGAGGAGGAAGAGGUCUUGGCUUCUAGGCGUUGCGACCCAGAUCUUGAUGCAUCUGCUGGUGGUAGUUUACUGAUCUAGAGGAGAAGUUGGGUUUUUGACCCGAUUUGGUGGGGGCUUUGCCACUGGGAUAGGGGGACAGUUAGGCCUGCUGGAUCUUUAUCACCAGUUGUUGGUCCUGUCCUUUCCGUUGGCCUGGGAAGCAUUCACAUGCCGGUGGCCACCGGUUUGGUACUUUCUUGACGGAUUGGUUAAGUGCUGUCUGUGGGGUUGUUGUGCUCCUCCACCUUGCUUCUCAUUUGGUGGUGAUUGGUGGGGGGAAGGAGAAGAGCUUGGGAGAACAAAAGGAAAGAGGAAGAUUUUCUCUCUUGUUUUCGGGUCAUUUCUCGGCGUGGCACAAUGAAGUAUAUGAAGCUUGGAUCAAAGCCCGAUGCCUUUCAGACAGAGGGCAGUAAUAUCAGGUUUGUUGCAACAGAGCUGGCUACUGACAUUGUUAUCUCCAUUGGGGACGUCAAGUUUUAUCUUCACAAGUUCCCUCUUCUAUCAAAGAGUUCGCGAUUGCAAAGAUUAGUGGCUUCAGGCAACGAGGAAAAAAAUGAUGAAUUGGAUAUCUCUGACAUCCCGGGUGGACAUUCAGCAUUCGAAAUUUGUGCCAAGUUUUGCUAUGGCAUGAUUGUAACACUCAAUGCAUACAAUGUCCUUGCUGCCCGUUGUGCGGCUGAGUAUCUAGAGAUGUUUGAGACAAUUGAUAAAGGAAACCUCAUAUACAAAAUUGAUGUGUUCCUGACAUCAAGCGUGUUUCGCACCUGGAAGGACUCAAUCAUAGUUUUACAGAGCACGAAGUCACUGCUACCUUGGUGUGAGGAUUUGAAGGUAAUCAACCACUGCGUUGACUCUAUUGGAUCGAAGGCUUCAAUUGAUCCAUCAGAGGUUGAGUGGUCAUACACUUACAACAGAAAGAAACUUCCAUCUGAGAAUGGUCUUGAUUCUCAUUGGAAUGGUGUCAGGAAGCAACCAAUGGUCCCUAACGACUGGUGGGUUGAGGACCUUUGUGAGCUCGAGGUGGAUUUGUACAAACGGGUGAUCAUGGCCAUCAAGGCAAAGGGAAGAACACCGCCUGUUGUAAUUGGAGAAGCACUGAGGGCCUAUGCAUACCGACGACUUCUUGGUUCCCUUGAAGAUGCUGUGAGUAAUGGAGUUGACUGCACGAAGCGUCGUGCAGCUCUUGAUGCUAUUGUAUUUCUCUUGCCCACUGAGGAAGGUUCAGUGUCAUGUGGUUUUCUUCUUAAGCUGCUAAAAGCUGCAUGCUUGUUGGAAUCUGGGGAGUCCCGUCGCAAUAACUUGAUCAAGAGAAUAGGGGCACAAUUGGAUGGCGCUUCAGUUGUGGACCUUCUUAUACCGGUAAAUACAGAUGAAAACAGUGUAUAUAACAUAGAUUUGGUCAUGGCAAUACUGGAGGAGUUCAUGUCGCAGAAUAGUGAUAAUGGUAAGGCGAAACUUCAAGAUGAUGAAGAAAUUGUAGAGGCUGAGAAUGUGAGUGUGACGACUGUUUCCAGCACGUCAAAACUGGUAGUUGCGAAGCUGAUCGAUGGGUAUCUUGCUGAGAUCGCCAAAGAUCCCAACCUUCCUCUUCCAAAGUUGAUGGCGCUUGCUGAAAUGGCGUCUUCUCUACCCCGACCAACACAUGACGGGCUCUAUCGUGCCAUUGACAUGUAUCUGAAGGAGCACCCAAGCCUAUCGAAGAGUGAAAAGAAGAAAUUAUGCGGACUGAUGGACUGCAAGCAGCUGUCACAGGAUGCAUGCAUGCAUGCUGUGCAGAAUGAGCGCCUCCCCCUGCGUGUGGUUGUGCAAGUUCUCUUCUUUGAGCAAGUCAGGGCAUCAGUUGCUUCUGCAAGGAGCGACCCUUCAGCUGAGCUACCAUCUGCUGUUCGCUCGCUUCUUCCCAGAGAGAAUGGCAACUCCAAUGGCAGCUCCAGGUCAGCGGCCACAACGACAACAGAGGAGGAGUGUGGGGUCCCGACAUCGAGUGACAUCAACUCUUUAAGGUCGAUGAGGCUGGCCAGCGGGGGCAGUGAGAGGAGCAGUGGCAGCAGUGACACGAACAAGAAUGGCCAUGACAAGAGCGGAGUAGGAAAGGCAAAGGGGAUGCUGAUGCCGAAGAAGAUACUGAGCAAGCUCUGGUCCGGCAAAACGAACGCCGGUGAGAACAGCAGCUCAGACACGUCGGAGAGCCCUGGGUCGGUGAACCCGGAGGAGGCGAAGUCCUCCCAGUCGCGGAUCACAAGGCACUCGGUGUCCUAGUCGCCAGGGUUAAGGGGGGGUCACAGCCAUAGUUUUGUUCUUGCUCUUGAUUUGCCUUCACUUAAGAGUAGUAGCAAUCUCAAAAUGUGGAGUACUACUACUGGCCUCACGUGAUAUCGCCAAUGAUUUUUCUUUUAGUA